CGCGGAUGUUAAAAAAAAGAAAAAAAAAUAUCGUACAGGUUACAUUACAUUGUGUGACAUAUAUGUUUAUUUUAUCUAUUGGCCUGUGUGAGUUUGUACGUAUCGAGAGCUGUGUAAUAAUUGCGCCUUCCCCACUGCCUUUAGAUUCCCUAACCAUGAUUCAACUAAUAGGAGUGUCUGUUAUUGCUUGACUUGAUGCUGAACAAACUGCGUUUGGCUGUGCGCAGUGUACGCUGAGAGAUUAUGGGCCCUUCGGUUCUGUUUGUUCACCCAGACCUCGGCAUUGGGGGCGCUGAAAGGCUGGUGGUGGAUGCGGCUUUGGCAUUGAAGUCCCGUGGCUGUCAUGUUCAGGUGUGGACAAGUCAUUACGACCCUGAUCACUGCUUCUCGGAGACUCGUGAUUCCGGUAUUCCUAUAAGAUGUUGUGGAGACUGGCUUCCCCGGAGCUUGCUGGGCAGAUGCCAUGCACUUUGCGCCUACAUACGCAUGAUCUUCCUCACUCUCUACAUAGUAUUUCUUAGUGGGGAGCAAUUCGAUGUAGUAUUUUGUGAUCAGGUGUCGGCUUGCAUUCCUUUUUUUAAACUGGCCAGAGAUUCAAAGAAAGUACUUUUUUAUUGCCAUUUUCCCGACCAGCUUCUGACUCAGAGGCUAUCAUUGGUAAAAAGGAUGUACAGAGCCCCAAUUGAUUGGCUGGAAGAAAAAACUACUGGUAUGGCAGACUGCAUUCUUGUCAACAGCUAUUUCACUUCUGCAAUUUUCAAAGAAACAUUUGCUUCAUUAGCUCACAUAGAGCCAACUGUUCUCUAUCCAUCACUAAAUGUGAGCAACUUUGAAUCAACAGUGUUUGAAGAUGUAAGUGACCUUUUUCCUGCAAAAAGACAAAAUAUAUUUCUCUCAAUCAAUCGAUUUGAAAGAAAGAAAAAUCUUCAUCUUGCUUUGGAAUCGAUGUGUAAGCUUCGCAAGAGGCUUAGCUUGUUGGAAUGGGAACGUGUUCAUCUCAUAUUGGCUGGAGGGUAUGAUGAGAGAGUAUUGGAAAAUGUUGAACAUUAUGUUGAACUCAAAGAAAGUGCUGUCAAAUAUGACAUUAGUAACCAUGUUACAUUUUUAAGAUCCUUUUCAGAUGAACAAAAACGUAAUCUACUCCAUAAUGCCAUAUGUGUUCUUUAUACACCAAGCAAUGAACAUUUUGGAAUAGUUCCUAUAGAGGCUAUGUACAUGCGCUGCCCAGUCAUAGCUGUUAAUUCGGGUGGUCCUUUGGAAUCUGUUGAAAAUAACGUAACAGGAUUUUUGUGCAGUCCUAACCCGGAGCAAUUUGCUGAUGCAAUGGAAAAGUUUGUUAAAAAUCCUGAUCUUAAAAAUAGAAUGGGUGAAUCUGGACAUAUAAGAGUUAAGAGCAAGUUCUCCACUGAAGCAUUUUCAGACCAAAUUUAUGCUCACGUUUGCAAAUUAAUUCAUUAAAAUGUCAUGUAAUACCUAGACAAAUCUGAGUAACAAUUUCAUAAAUGUAUCCGUAUUCCUAUCAGCCUUAUAUGUCAAACUACUUCCUGUUCUAGCAUUUCAAACAGUCUCAUCUUGUUAGUUGAGGAAAAUAAACUUCACUUGUACUGUA